AUGUCUAAUCACAAAAAGAGUAGAAAAAAUCAGUCUUCUGUUAAUGAUAUGAAAAUUGCUCCUCUCAGUGUAUGUAUUUCUGACGAUGAGUCAUCAACAAUGAGUACAUGUAAUAUUCAAAGACAAUCACCAAGUUCUUCACCCUCAUUAUCGAAAAAAUUAGAAGUAAAUAAACAUGAUCCAGUAUUUUCAUUACUUCAUCCUAAUAGCAUGAAUCAAAUCGAAUCAAAAAAGCCACGUAAACUUUCAAAAUUAAAUCAACGUUUAUGGCAGCAGUUAGCCGAUAUACCCAUACCCAAUGAGCUUUUAAAACGUGCUCCAUCAGCUCAUAGUUUAGCUAUCAAAAUUCCGUCUACAAUAUCGGCGACCACUGUCACAAUCAAUCCGUAUGUUCUAUCAGCACUAGGAAAUAAUUCAAAUAAUAAAAAUAUUAACAGUAAUGGAAUGGCAUCAUCACCAUUGACAAAUUCUAUUACUGACGGCGAUAAAGCAACCCAAACCUCUCAUUUAGUGUCUGUUGGAACUGAAUGUUGUUCAUUGAUUGAUAAUAACGAUAAUAAUGUUGUACAAAUAUUACGUCCUGCAACCGUACAGAAAUCAGUACAAACAACAAAUCGUGUUCGUCUUUAUAAAAAACGCGUAAAUUCAACAUCUUUGCCUACACAACUAGACACAUUGCUGCCGCCAAUGCAAACAGAUUCAUCAAUAAAUUCAACGAUAUUGUACGAUGUUCAAGCUCUUCUAUUUGGUAAAUCAGCCAUGUCACAAUUUGAAAACGUUAAAGUUGUUCAUUCAGAAACUCAAACAGCCAUGUCAAAUAUUGUUAAUCCUGAUGUGAAUUUUUAUAAUGAUAUUAGUAUUCAAACUGUACAAGAACAUACAAGUACUGAUCGUAUACUAUUACCAUCAUCAGCAGAUUCGCAUAAUGUAAAUGUCCAAACAUUACCGAUUCAAACAUCAUCAAAACAGAUGCAAACAACAAGUGAACAACUACCUUCAUUAAAUCAACAACAAGUAUUAAUGAUGGAUACAGGCAUACAGAAUGAUCUACCAUUUAGGCCAUUAGACUCUGUACAACAAACGAUUGGAGAUUAUGAUUCAAUUUUUAAUGAUUUUAUUGAACCAAAUGAUAACAUGUAUUUUGAAGAUAUGGAUUUCUUAUUUUUGAAUGAUAUCGGAACACAAACACAAAAAAAUUUAAACACAAUUGAAACACAAACAAGUAAUUGGACGACGCAAGAUGAACUAUGGUUCCGAGAUAUAAUAAAUACAUAA